AUGUUAAUUUGUAUUAUUCAAACAUUAACUGUAAAUAGUAUUGAUGUGAAAACAACAUCGGGUGUUGUGAGAGGUAUGACACUACAGGUGCUCAACAAAACUGUUGACCAAUUUUUGAAUAUACCGUUCGCUGAGCCACCGGUCGGUAGCCUAAGGUUUGCACCGCCCGUACCACUCAAACAACCCCUAAAGCGGUUCCUAUACGGGGAUCGGGAGGACGCGCCCGGAAAUGUCGGACUCUAUGACCAGUUAUUGGCUCUCAAAUGGGUUAGAGAAAACAUCCACUCAUUUGGCGGAGAUAGGGAUCAGAUCACUAUAUUUGGUGAGAGCGCCGGCAGUAUCUCUGUGUCCGCACACAUACUCUCCCCGCUAUCCAAAGGCCUAUUCAAGAGGGCUAUUAUGGAGAGCGGCGCCCAUAUGUAUAACAAGGAUAGGGAUGUGGUCAACACAACUGAAGCCUUAGUAGAAGCCAAACAAAUUGCGAAACAACUGAAAUGCAAUGAAACCGAGCAUUGGUUACAGUGUUUACGCGCUGUUAAGGCCGAGGAUAUACUCAAACAAUCACAGUCUCUGAGGUUUGCCGGCUAUCCAGUGGUGGGCACAACCUUUUUACCCAUACCUACUCAUAUGGCACUAAAAAAUAAACAAUUGUACACGGAUAUAGACUUAUUAACUGGUAUUACCGCUAACGAGGGCUCAUCACUGGUGGCACUCGUGUUGAAAGUGUAUGACAUUAAAAGUGUCGAUGAAUUUCAAGCCUAUGUUAAGCAAUCGGAUGAUAAAUAUCACGGCUUAGACGUACAAAAAGUGACCGAUUUCUACCUUCAGAGUGUAGACACUAAGCGAUGA